GAUUUGUUCAUAAAAGCUUUCAAGUGAUAGUUAACAAAGCUUUCAAGUGAAAGUUAACAAAGCUUUCAAAGGAACUUUCAGAUCCAUGUCGAAGCCGGAGCGUAUGUCGCUAGCCUUUCUAAAAGACGUCACAUGUGAUUUCAACCAAAUACUGGGAAUAGGUGGGUUUGGAGUGGUUUACAAGGGUGUUCUUGAAAAUGGGGAGGAGGUUGCUGUGAAGAAGCUUAUUAAUUCCCAUGUGGACCUAGAUGAUGACCAGUUUGAGAAAGAAGUUGCAGCUCUUUUUGGGUUGAGGCACAAAAAUAUAGUGCAACUCAGAGGCUACUGUGCUGAUUCAAGCAAGGAAUGUGUGCCGGUGCCGGUGCCGGAAGCCACCGGAAGAAACAAACAUGUCCUGGCUGAAAUACGAGAAAGGCUGCUCUGCCUUGAAUACAUGCCUAACAAAAGCCUUCGUCAUCACAUUUCAGAUGCAUCUUGUGGCCUCGAGUGGCAAGUGAGAUAUGACAUAAUCAUGGGGAUUUGCUCUGGUUUGCACUACCUUCACACGAAACACAAUAUUGCCCACAUGGACCUUAAACCCGAGAACAUAUUACUGGAUCACAAUAUGGCACCGAAAAUUGCAGAUUUUGGUACAUCGAGAUUCUUUGACACAAACAAAUCUCAAAAUAUGACCAAAAACCCUAUUGGGACACUGUAAGCUAAUCGCCUUCAGAAUGGUACCCAUUGUACCCAACUAACAUGUACACAUGUUCAUUCUCUUGCUACAUCAUGCAGUGCAUACAUGGCACCAGAGUACAAGU